UGUCGUGAACUCGUUUUGUGUCUGUACGUGUUGCUUAAACGUCAGCGAACAGCGAUCAUAGCAAGCAAACGUGGAAUGAACUAUUUGCACACUAAAAACUACCUAGUCUACAAGAUGACAUUUCGUCGUUUUUUUACGUUUUAUACAUAAUAGCCGGUCACCCCUGACUGACUCCGAUCCUGGCGCUCUGCUUGUUGCUUAGUUACAUUAUGAUUGUCAACAAUAAACAACUCUAGCACAAUUCGAAAUUUCACCUACCUGAAAGUUACAGAGUGGAGAUAAGACGAUAUGAUUUUCGAUGAAAACGCUAGAUAUGAUAAAUACACAGGGUACUACAGAUGUCCUAGAGGCGUUAACAAUGUUAAUUUCAGCUUGUUUUCUGUAGCAUCAAAUUGAAAAUGGUUGACGACCCGAACGAGAUGAGAGAGGAGAAGAAAUGGUUGAGCCAGGAAUUUCGUUGGCAGGAGAAACAUUUCAGUAAAGUUGAGCGAGAUUUUUAUGGAGACAUCAACAACUGCAUUACGGAUAUCGCAAAGAUAUAUAACGAGAAAGUUGUAAAUGCCAGCGAUGAAACUGAAGAAAAUCUCUUAUUUUUUACCUAUGUAGACAAAGAUGGUUAUGUAAGCGAAAAAGAGCUAGUAUUAUCUAAACCCUCGUAUUUACAAAAAUGGAUGAAAACCGCUUCAGUUCCAUCCCAAGAACACAGAGAAGACAAAUCGCAUUCCUUUGAUUAUGUGGAAUCUGUAACGGAUGCUAUUCAAAAUAGAAAACCUAAGCUAGAUAUUACUAAAAUGUAUCUUAUGGCCGAUUUUGGAUGUUACGUUGACGAUAUUUGGAUAAGAAACGAACAACCUCUGUGUGUACUACAAUAUGAUAACGCAUCUGAAGUUCUUUCUGUAUAUCCUGACUUUACGACUGAUACCCCUUAUCUGCUGCAUAUUCAAGAUGAAGUUGCCACUAAAGUUUACUACUUUGUGGAAAAGCCGUCAGAUAUUGAUAGCGAGCAGGAUGAUGAACUUUUCACCAAAGAAAAGGAAGUCGUUGAACUGGUUCAAAAGAAGAAACGUUCUCUUCAGCAAGAGCUAAUAGGAGAAACAUUCGCCAUGCCACCGAAAAGCAAGCUUUACGUGUACAUAUUCUUCGAGAUUCUUAGCGGCAAACACUUUGACCAAUCUGACCUGUGGGUACAAUACAGCGUCGAUCUUCCAGAGUUCUGGACUUCCCAAGACUGCCUUAGAGGUAUCACUCAGCAAUGUCAUGCUGUGAGUGUUGAAGGUUUGAUGCAUUUUGGACACACUUUCGACUUCGUGCUGGAGUAUGAUUUGCAGAGCUUGCAAGGUCAUGAGAUUCCAAAGACACCUUACAUCUACCUAGAAGUGAUAUCGAAAACAGUGUGGAACUGCUACCGAAGAGAAGGCUUUACCUAUAAGAACUUACCAGUAUCACGACCAGGAUGUUACACUUACAAUUUGUCUUGUUGUAAAUUCAACAAUGGAGGUUUCUUUGGAGGAAUCAAAAGGUAUUUUGUGGGAGACAGUAAGUGUGCAGAUAUACGAUGGAUCGGACUGCCACAAGAAUAUGAUCACUCAGUUAUCAACAAAUUCAGUGUAGAAACAAUUACCACGGGAGAGCUGGUUGUCCGAAUGAACGUCGUCCACCAGUCUCACGCUUUUCUUGAUGAACUUCACGAAGAAAAUCAACGGAAGAAGUUCAUCUACGAAAAACUAAAUGCUUCAGGACUUAUUAAGAGUGUUAACCAAGUGCUUCUGAACUUUAAGAAAGCGAGGAAGGAUCUCAUCGAAGUUAGGAAACAGCUAUGAAAAAAUAAUUUAGGUUGAAAUAAAACAAUCUUAACA